GUAUAGGGGCCACAUGAAGUUGUGCCUGGUAUGUGUAGGGGAGAGAGCAGUGAAAUGAGCUGACGGUGACUUGUGUGGGAGCUGCCUCUACUCACAGAAAGUAGUGCUGUAUUCUCCAUUUCCUUUAGAGCAGCCAGGGGGAGGGAGAGCGAGAGAGACUGGAUCGCAUGUUACCGGUAAUUUACAGCAGCUGAAAACCGGCACAAUCAACCUGCGUCGGCACCGGAAUAUGCGGAAGGGGCCAUGUGAUCUUUUCUUCCAUGGAAGCUCUGCCGCCCCAGGUCCUAAAGCCCCUGGAUUGCAUGUCAAUAUACAGCAGGCACCGAGAACCUGAAAACCGGCACAAUGAACUCAGCACCGGAAGAUGCGGAAGGGGCCAUGUGAUCUUUUCUUCCAUGAAGGCUCUGCAGCCCCAGGUCCUAAAGCCCACUGGAUCGCAUGCCAAUUUACAGCAGGUGCUGUACGCCCCUGCAGCAACAAUAAUUACGGCCCCUGCUUCCUCCCAUAAUGACCUAUCAUCACUUACUGGAUGCAGCUACGCUGGAGUGGAAACGCUGGGAAAGGAGCUUUUUAUAUAUUUUGGACUGAAAGCAAUGCGUGUACAUUUUGGAAUGAAUGGAUCAAUGCGCAUUAAUCAACCAAUGAAAAAGGGCCAAGAAAACGGUAGACCCAUACCUAUAGCGGUUUUAGAAGUGCAACUUACAAAAGACUUAAUUUGCUUUUAUGAGUCCACUGUAGAUGUGAGAAAUGCAUCAGAAUGUCAAGAAAAGAUAAGAUUCUUUGAGGAACUUGAUGUCUGCUCUUCUAAGUUUAGUUUUCCUAGAGCAGAAUGUGAGAUCAAGAAGCAACGUACUCGCAUGCUAUGCGACAUUCUGCUUGAUCAGAUGAUUCUACCUGGGGUUGGGAACAUUAUUAAAAAUGAAGCCUUAUUUGACAGUGGUCUACACCCUGGAGUCCAGGCUGGUCUACUUACAGAUGAGCAAGUGAGUCACCUUGUGAAAAUGACCCGUGAUUUCACUCUGCUUUUUUAUAAGUGUCGAAAGUCUGGUUCUGCUCUCUAUAAACACUACAAGGUUUACAAAAGACCUAAUUGUGGCCAGUGUGGUACAAAGAUCACUGUGUGUCGUCUUGGUGAGCACAACAGGAUGACCUAUUUUUGUCCCAAGUGCCAAAAGGAUAAACCUCAGCAUGUUGAUGUAAGUAAAUUGCCAACAAGAAAUAGCCUUAUUGGAUGGGUACAGAGGACAGCAUCAAAUGCAAAUGAACAUGUAGCAACAAGUAAAGAAGAGCACUGGGCAUGUGCAGUCUGUACGCUCAUAAAUAAGCCUUCCGACAAGCAAUGUGAUGCCUGUCUUACUCUGAGACCAGAAGUCUCGUCUCUUGCAGUUAGUGAUGAAGCAGCAGAACUCAACACUGACCUUGUGAAAUACCCAUGUAAUAAUUUUGCAAAAGUUCUUCCUGAACUAAAAUUAAACAGAAGAACAGCGUUUGGUAAUACGACCUUGGUGCUGACAGAUUUUGGUGCAAAAGAAGGUCUUGCCGAUAAAAACAGUCAGCAGAAUAUCUUGAACCGUUCUACUUUUGACGUACCAUUGAACAAUAAAUACUACCACACAAAAACCCCUUCUAAUAAGAGAAGUAAUGAGAAUGAACACUGGACAAACACUCUGAAUGCAGUGAAUGGACAUUCAGCAGCAAGCAACAAUGUUUUUAAUCAUCCACAAAAGAAACUUAAGACGGGACACACCACAUCAAACACAAUCCAUCUCAGUUCCACAAUAAGUUCUCCUCAGAGCAAAAUGACCGGAGACGCUGCUGCCAAAACUGGUAACCCACAGUGCAGUGCACACAAUGUUCCAUGUGCUCUCCAGGUUGUGAGAAAGGAGGGAGAAAACAAGGGGAGAUCGUUUUAUACCUGUUCGCUACCCAGAGAACGCCGUUGUCAAUAUUUUGAAUGGGCAGACUUGCAUUUCCCAUUCUGCAACCAUGGGAAACGGUGUAUUGUUAGAACAGUGCUGAAGAUUGGCCCAAACAACGGAAAGAAUUUUUACGUCUGCCCGAUGGGGAAAGAUAAACAGUGUAACUUCUUUGAAUGGGCAAAAACAGAGUAGACGUGAAACAGAUAUACUGUAUUGUAACGCUUUCCUUUUCUGUUUCAAUAGAAGCAAUCAUAAUAUCCAUGUUUUUAAUCCUUGUAUGUCAGUCUCAGAUUGGGUUCUGAUGUUGCCUGAAGCAGCAUGCAUUAAACCUGUUUUACAUCAAAGUGCUGCAUAAACCUAGCGCUUUACCUAAAUAUAAUAUUUGAGCUACCUGUUUGUAAGGGCCUGUAAUACGCAUAUUAUUUAUAAUUGCAGUUGAAAGCUGUGUAUGUUAUGGAAUGCAUUUUAGGACAUCCUCCGAGGAAAUCCCUGUCCUGUAUGCAAUCUCCUAUGCUAGAGGAAUGCAACAUUGCCUGCUUUUCAACUCACCUCACCCUCAAAGCUGACGUCACACCUCGCUCCUCCCUCCUCAGCUGUCAGCUCCUGAGUCAUCCGACCUGUGUCCUCACUCCUCCCUCAGCCAUCUGACAUGGGUCCUCGCUCCUCCCUCCUCAGCCAUCCGACAUGCGUCCUGGGUCCUAGUUUCUCCCUCCACAGUGGAGAGCUGAGGAGGGAGUUUGUGUGGCUGAAAACUGAGAAGGGAGGGUAGAGGACAGAGGUGUGACUGCAGCAUUUGAGGAUGACUGACCGUAAAAACACCCGAUGUGGCAUUCCUAAGCCAUAGGACAUCGCAUGGAGGACCGGGAUUUCCCUGGAAGAUGUCCUAAAAUGCGUUCUGUAGUAUGUCCCCCUUCUGUUUUCUUAGUCUGGCUCUUAAAACAAUAACGUGGAAGUCAGGUCUCCUCCAGGUUUAGUAAUCAGCCAAUAUGCAACAUUGUUUCAGGAGUUGACCCAGUCACCAAACUUAAAGCCUUGGCUCAGCCCAUUUACUCCUGAGUGUGUCUGUUGGCCAUAAUUAUGGGUGUGAACUUGGAGGGAAAACCUUGGGGUUUGUCAGAUUCAGCAGCCUAUAAUUCUGAAUACACUGAUCAUUUUGACCUUUUUUUUUUUUGAAUGAUUAUGUAUUUUUUUUUUCAUCAGCUACCGUAGCCCAGGUUGGUGGCAGGGUCUCUUUAAAAGCAGUAACUGUUUACUGUGUCUCCUGCAAUGAUAAAACCUUUAUUUAAUAAUUGAUAGUCAAAACUAUGAAUCAUUUUAGUCUGACGGAGCUAGCUAAAAUUGUCACGAUAACUACAAUAGCUCCAGCAAUAAAUUAAGCACCAUUGUACAAAGUUGUUGUGCCAGUCACAGGAAAAAAUAAUAACAAAGGUGAUACAUUUAUUGGCUAACUAAUAUAAUCAUAGCAAGCUUUCAGAACAUUUUAGUUCCUUUAUUUCAUCUUGAAAAUGGAACUAAAAUGUUCUGAAAGCUUGCUAUGAUUUCUUAGUUAGCCAUUAAAGCCAUCACCUUUAUACCACCAUUAUCUUGACUGGACACUUGCCAUACUCAACCCAUGGAUGGGUGCUAAUAACGUAGGGGUUCCAAAUCUAGGAAAUCCAGCAAUUUAAUGUAAAUUCAAUCAAUGCAGCCCUGCAACCUGCAUCUCUAUGAAAACAGCAGUUGACUCGAAUAACUGAAGAAAUGUUUUCCUGGCUUGAGAUGGAGACAGAUUUUUCCUGUUGCAAAAAGACUGGUCUAAACAAUGUUCAAAUGUGCACAUGCAAUUUAAUAAAGUGAAAUUUCAAAUGUCUGGAUUUACUAUAUCUUAAUGGUCUUCUAAUAAAUAUCAAAUAGCGCUGAA